AAAGCGGAUCCCGGAGCUGUACCGGUGCCGAAUAGAUUAGGCGGCUCUCAAUCCGGAUUCGGGUCCGUCUCGAUGACUAGCUUGGUUUAGUCUUACACGUAUACUUACCGCUGGGUGGCGUUUUCUUUGCAUGAUCCUCAAGGUAAAUGACAGGAACAAGCUCCCAACUUCAAAUUGGAAGGUUUUCUCCUUCACAUACUCAUUUAAAUCUCACAUCGAACAGAGCCUUUACCCAACAUUCUGGACGUUUGCAAGACAUUCACGUCACAUCCCGCUAUCACCUCCCAAACUAGCAAAGUCCCACAUAAUCGUGUAACGGCCCGCGUGUUCCUGCCUCAAAAGUUAAUUUAUAUAAAGGCAAGGAAAGCACUGCCGUCUGAAAACCCAAUCAUCUGCUGUUCAACUUGGCUUUCAGGCUUUCCCCAAUCGACUAGUUAAUUUUACUCUACUUGUCUAUAUUCCCAUCAGUUUCCUUAGCCCCUUGAUCACAUCGCCACACCUUUCAUUAGUAUCACAGCUAGUUCAAAUCACACCAUUAAACGACCCGCUCAACAGCAAGGCCUCAAUCGUUGCCUAAGACUAUUGCGCGGAGCUGGGGUUUUUUACCAUGGGAACUCCAUUCAUAACACAUUUGGAACCAUGCAGGUUGGAUGGGUACAACCCCAAGCUACCCCAUGAUCAGCAGCCAUCACACAUCCCCAUAGCCUACAGAGAUGCGAUGAGCGUCAGGGAAGCGGUGUUCGUGAAAGAGCAAGGUUGUCCACUGGAGAAUGAGCACGAUUCUGACGACGCUCGAUCCUGUCACUGGGUCAUGUAUGCAUCGGUCAGAAUGACGACGACGCCAGAGGUACGCGAUCCGGCAACGAACCUCGUCAUCCAGAAACGCUGCUCCGAGACCCGGACCAUGCCCAUUGGCACGCUACGCAUCGUUCCGUUCCCACACCCGCCACACCCGCCGGACGGUGCCCGCUACGUGGGCGGUGUGCUGCAGGAAGAUAACAACUCUUCUAGCAACGGGGCUGCCAACAAGGCUAACGGUCAGUCCAGCGGGGAAAGCAAAACACCUGGCAACAACCUCGACGGUACGGCAGCAGAUCCUCCACAACGCCAUCGAGCCUUUAGCUUAGCUGAUCAGCGUCGAAUGUCUGACCCUUUCCCGUUCGGCGCGGACAGACAGACGGAGUUCCACAAUGGCAAGGAACCAUACGUCAAGCUAGGGCGAAUGGCGGUCUUGCCCGAAUUCCGCGGCCACAAGAUUGCUGUGCAGCUAUGGAAUGCGGCAAAGCGGUGGCUGCAAGAGAAUCCGACGUACUUCAACCCAAGCGUCAAAGAGUUAGGUAUGGACACAAUGCAAGUCGACCAAGCGGGUGACAUUCCUAAAUGGAAUGGCCUCGUCUGUGUGCAUGCACAGGAGGCUGUAGCCAAGGUUUACGAGCGCUGGGGCUUCAAGAUCGAUAGGGGUAUGGGAAGGUUUUAUGAGGAGGGUAUUCCUCAUAUUGGCAUGUUCCAGCGGCUGGAGGUCAAGUCUACCGUUCCAACGAUAUGACUGAGUCGUGGACGAGGAGAAAUCACCAUAUGGGGUACUAUGUCCGUAAUUAGAGUUGGCUUUAUCUUGCCACCUCAACACAUGCUAUGCAGUACACAGGUAGUGGUGACAUAUUGUGGAUUCAUUCAGGA